AUGUCAGAAAAAGAAAUUACUGAGGAAUGCAAAUCUUUGCUUAGUACAAGAGAUGAAAUUGAUAGAAAACUUGAAGAAUUAGGUAAAGUUCUUGAAGCUAAUGACGUUACAAUGGAUACACCACUUGUUGAUGAAGAAGGUUUUCCACGAAAUGAUAUUGAUGUUUAUACUAUAAGACAUACACGUUCUGAAAUUAUCACUCUUAGAAAUGAUAGAAAAAAUUUGGAUGAUAAGAUUGAAAAAUUAUUGGGUGAAAUUCAUAAAUUAAAAAAAGAAAAUGCAGAUGAAGUAAAAGAACAUGAAGAAGAAGUAGUUCAUAGAACAUCUAAUGUACCCUUUGUAAAGAUUGUUGAAGUUACACCACACUCUCCAGCUGAUAAUGGUAAUUUAGUUGUUGGUGAUGAAGUUAUUCAAUUUGGAAAAUAUCAUAGGGAUAAUUUUAAGGAAUUAACAGAUCUUCAAGGUGUUGUUCUCGAUCAUGAAAAUAAACCAAUAAGAAUUACCGUUCUCCGUUAUGGUAGACCAGUACGCUUGACUGUAACACCACAAAAAUGGUCUGGACAAGGUUUAUUUGGAGCACUUUUUUCAAAAAUGUAA